GAGGCAGAUGCCCAUCUUUGCUGGGAUGGAGGAUGGUAAGAUGGUGGGGUUUGGCGGAAGAUAAUGGUGGUGUUGAUCUUUGUGGUUGAUUGUAUGCAGAUCUUGCUGGAGUCUGACGUUGAUGCGCGUGUUCCAAGCUUCUCGUAUUCACUGCUGCUGCUGCUGCUGCGUAUGCAUGGCAGAUGUGGUUGUCUCAGAUAUGUGGUGGUUGGAGAGGUCUCGCAGCUUAUGACUGAACGCGUCUCGCCUCCUUAAUGUCAAUGUUGUUGC